AUGGACUUGGUGUAUGGUACAGAGUUAACCUUUGGGGAUGGAUUUGCCGUAGAAUAUUGGCACAGAUUUGGAAUACAAUCUAACGGACCUCUCAAUACCAACAUAUUAGAAACAGAACCAUCCGGUGGAAUCGCCACUUUUCCAGACAUCAAAAACUUUUCCGAUCGAAUUUUCAUCUGGCGAGCUAUGGGAAACAAACUCUACAUUGAAGAGCGGUCGACUCUUUAUUCUUUGACUGACAACUCAAUAUGCAUGGAUGUCGGACGUUCCUAUAUUAUUCCAGGGACUUCUAUUACAUUUUUCAAACAAGGAGUUCUCAGCAUUGUCGUGCCGACAGCCACGUCAGUACAUCGAUUUUAUAAAGCGAUUACUUCUAAACCCGACAAUACGGGUUCAUUGUUGCACAGACUCUUCGAAGACGAAGGGUUUAGUAUAUACGAGACCAAGUUCGAACUGAGGACAAAGGGACGGCCGAUUCGAGCCAGUGUCACACAUCAUCCUAACAAAAACACGGUCAGCUACAUCACAGCGGAAGGCGAACUCAGAUUCGUUGCUCUCGGUCGCGAUCAAGAAAACGAAAAUGUCGGUCACGAAGAAUUUCGUCUUCCAGAACUCGGUUUCUAUUACAAAUGGUUCGGUAGAACCAGCAGACUUGUCAGUGAUUCUUGUGCAAUGAGGGACCUGUCAGAAGUGUCAUCAGAUAAAAAAUCCGGACCGAAGUCUGAUAUAAUAUUUGCUGUAACGAGAGACGGAAUUGUUGAAGCAUGGAAUGCUGACAAUAAGGAGCAGCUGGAAACCCGCAUUAAUCUCAACGAAUAUUUAUCUCCAGAUGAUCCGAUUCCAAGACGAACUGAUGAUUCAAAACGCUCUGAUACCGAUGAUUCGACAAGUACAGAAGCUGGACCAACCCGAUUAGAAUAUACUAUGAAAGCAUAUCCAUAUGGAAGUGAUAUACUCAUAAUUGUUGGAUGUGAUGUUGUUAUCGGACGGCAAAGUGUUGGAAUCCGAGUGCACAUUAUUAAAUUUUCGAAUUAUGAGAUGAAGCAUCUGCAGAUGUAUGAGAAACGUGUAACAGAUAAUAGUAUGUCGCUGGUGGAUUUGGGAUUGCUCCAGACUUAUUUUCCACCGAAGGAAUCGGAAGAGUUGGUGGAGAAAGAACAGAAAUGCGAGGAGAAGAACGCUCGAACUGCCGCCCAAUUCUCAUUAUCCGCUCUGUUCAAAAGUUCAUCUACCCAAAAAAGUUACUCGAUUCAACGUAUUUCAUUCGCAAUUCAAUGGGAUACUGGAGAAGUUAUCUCUGAUCUUGAUUGGCAUCCAGUUCGCCCAUUCCUUCCUGUCCCGACUUCAGACGGUAGAAAUGAUGGUGAUGAACAGAAGAAACCAUUUUUUCUGAUACCUGAUGCUUCUUAUGAGCAAAUUAACGAUGUGGUCUUUAACUUUGAUUUGUUCCCAUUUGACAUCGUUCAUCGGGGCAUUCAGAUCGUCUCCGAUAACUGGGACGUUAGUGAAACUCCCGACGGAACCCAAAGGUAUUUCAAAGAUAUAAGCGACGGCGAGUGGAAUGUGCUCUACAAUUUUGUACAAAGUUAUUUGCGUUCCCCUGAAUACAAGCAAAAAUUCAAUAAACCGAGUCCGGAACUGAAAUCGAUGUCAUCCAAACAAAAACAUCAAGCUUUGUAUCAAGAUUUCUGGUGGAAAUAUCUCGAAGUAUGUCAACAGCUCGACUUCAAUGCUCGCGGAGUCAUUUCUCUUUCACCAAUUCAAAUAUCCGGAAACUUGAGGAUAAUGGCUGUAAUUCAUAGAGAUCGGAUGACUAUUCUCGAAGAGGUUAACACAGAACUUCUGAAUCUCCUCAUGAUGAAAAACAAAGAGAAACUAAAGCUUGAGCCGAAAUUCCCGAAAGAACUGGAUAACGAAAUGACUGCUUUAAUUGAGGAGGCGUCACUACUUGCGGAUCGACGUGUUUUUCUUAUGAAUCGUCAUAGAGCCCGCGUUAUGUGUUCAGUAGCCGGAAGCGUACCAAUGGAGGAUGACGUAAAAGUCAAUCCGUUCGAUUUUGAUACGGAUGGACGUUUUCUUCAAAUCACAACUGUACAAUAUGCAAGGAUUGUCGCGUUGACGAAGGCAUUCCUUGCUGCAGCGGCUUACGAUCCAACGAAACCGUACGGCGGUAUGAUUACACGUGAUUUCAAUGGAUCUUUCACACAAGGUCUUGUUGCUGUGAAUAUUCGAAGAACUGUGGAAUCUCGUGUUCAUUUUGCACUAAUUCUGCUAUCAUUGUACAAUAGUAUCAAAGCUCAGAACGAACGAGACGGAGUUGAACCGUUCAAAAUUAUCCACUCGCUUUCCCGUAAACUCAAAGAGAUUAUUCGCAUUUAUUGGGAGCUCAAGGAAAUAUUGGAUGUCAAAAUUACAAGAGGUGGAUUGAAAUUGAAUAUCGAAACAUGGAUAGUUUCGGAUGACGAGGCACUUGGAAUACUGAAACGAGAAGGAGGUUACGGGCCAAAUGGAUACAAAGAAAUACGUCUGAAAGACUUCAAUUGGUUCGUCAAAGUGACGACUGAAGCGGCUGUUCGUGCAUUUCUCUCAACUACGGAGAUUCUUCUUGUGCCACGUCUUCUGGCUGAAAGAAACGAGUAUAGAGUAUUGCUGUCGCUGUUCGUACAAAAAUAUGUUCAGAAAACUGAAGCAUUGGAACCAGUUUUUGAAUUCUAUCAGGGAAUCGCGUGGUCAGGACUUGGUCUUGGGCAGAGAACCCAAUCAAGUGCUGAAGUUCUGGGCUCCUCGUGGAAUCCUCCUCCGGUUGUGACUCCUUCUCUGACUCUGCUCCUGGUGGACUUAUCCUCGGCCUCCUCCUACGGACUCCUGGGGAUCCUUUUCUCAAGUUCUGGACUUCUCCUCCUCCUCCGAAUUCUGGGCUCCUCGUGCUCUCCUUCUCUGAUCCUUGGCUCCUCGUGCUCUCCUUCUGUGAUCCUGGGCUCCUCGUGCUCUCCUCCUCAGAUUCUGAGCUCCUCGUGCUCUCCUCAUCAAAUUCUGGGCUCCUCGUGCUCUCCUCAUCAAAUUCUGGGCUCCUCGGGAUCCCCUCAUCUGGGCUUCUUUAGGACUCCUCCUCAUCAAGUUCUGGGCUCCUCGGGAUCCCCUCAUCUGGGCUUCUUUAGGACUCCUCCUCAUCAAGUUCUGGGCUCCUCGGGAUCCCCUCAUCUGGGCUUCUUUAGGACUCCUCCUCAUCAAGUUCUGGGCUCCUCAGGAUCCCCUCAUCUGGGCUUCUUUAGGACUCCUCCUCAUCAAGUUCUGGGCUCAUCGGGAUCCCCUCAUUUGGGCUUCUUUAGGACUCCUCCUCAAGUUCCGGUGCUGCUGAUGUUCACUACUGAACAUCUGGCUCUCGGAAUCUUCGCCCAUGAACGUCCGAUGUUCGAAAGUGGAAACAGAGCUCUCCGUAAAACUACCCUUCAUUUCCUUCAAAAACGUUUCAAUGCUCCAAGAGGAAUUGAUCCAAUUAACGCAAUGACUAUUGCUGAAUACUAUCUAACAAUUAUGGGAAUCUUCCAAGAACACAAUCAAACUGAACAAGUUGCUUUCGCUGCAAGCACGGCUAUCAAAAAACUUUCGAUGAACAAUGAUAGUGUCAGAAUCAUGGCCAAUACACUUUAUAAUCAUUUGACCAAAACUCAUCAGUGGCACGAAGCGUUUUUACUUGCAACGAAGAUGAAUAAAAACUUGGAAACUCUCAGAGCAGCAAUACGUGAACAGCUGAAAUUGAUGUUGGAAGCUGGACAUUGGGAAGUUAUUGCCAAGACGAAAUAUGGAGUUCAUGAGAAAACUGUGGAAGAUUUUUUGAGAGAAGAGGCUGAGAAUCAGCCUCGUGCAGCAGAUCCGCACUAUUAUGAGUUGUUGUACGCGUUUUUCAUGGCGAGGAAGGAGUUCAGACAAGCCGCUUGCGUAAUGUGUGAAUACUCUCGUUACAUGGAAUCAGCUGAGGUGAUGACUCUAGAACUUGCUACAAAAAGACUUCACUGUAUGUCCGUUGCGACGAAUCUCCUGGAGGUUAUAGGAAUGGAACCCGAUAGUGGAAAUUACGAACCAACCUACGACGACCACACCUACACAGAUAUCAUUAUUAUUCCGGUGCCUCCAGAAAAGUCGUCAGUUGGACCUGAUGAUACUGAAAGAACACCAUUAGUGCCACAAAGAAUCAAAAGACAAGAGAGUCAAUCGACGGAGGGUUCAUCAUCAGGAUCAUCUGGAUCAUCAGGAUCCUCCACGUUGACACCUGGGUCAGGCAAAACUACAGAUUCUGAAGGAUCGAGUUCGAGUUCGUCUGGAAAUAGUAUGGAGGCGGCAGCUAUGAGAGCUCGUCAGAGAAUACCUUUUGCUAAAAGUGAUAGUGAAGAGACGAAUACGGAUAGCGGAGACGAAAUGAUUGGGAGAUUUCCAUUGUCUCAAAGACGCCAGAUUGUGGUGUUAACUGAGCAGGAUAUUCGCUUUAUAUGGACGCAAUGCUUGUCUACAACUCGACUCCUCGCUUGUGAAGAAUUCAAUGGAAUCCCUCCAGAUGAUCCUGAAGAACUACUACCACUGCUUAUCGAGCAUAAACUUUUUGAUAAUGCAUUCGAUAUUGUUAGAAUUUUCAACAUGGAUUCCCAAAAUCUGUUCAAUGUGAUAACCCGUGAAGCAAUUGAAAUCGAUGCUCUUCGUAAUCAUUUGUACGAGAAAGUUUACUACACCAAAGAAAAUCCCUUAACAAAAUGGGUUCGUGAGAACCGUAGACACUAUGCUCCGUUCCCAAAAAUUGAAGAUCAUUGGGCAGUUGUUCGUGGUCUGGUGGAAGCUGCACAAGAUGAAUAUCCUGCAGAUCCGAAACCGCUUCGAGGAGCCACAGAAGCGUUUUUGACCUAUCAUCUGACAAUUCCGUCCUGGUUGCAUGUCACUUAUAAGAUCGUCAACCCCAACGACUACCUGAGAUGUCUUGCCGACUACGGACAGUACGCCGCCGCUCUCCAAUUGAUCGCAGAAGUCGUUGAACAGGAGACACCUAAAUUAUCUCAGCCAAAUGCACGUGCUUGGUUACCAUAUGGAGUAAUCGACGAAUUGAUGAAAAAAAGUGCUGAAUAUGUGGUGAGAAUGAGAGAGAAGACUCCAAUAGACCAAGCUCUCGCACAAAAAGUGGACGAUUUGAGGGCACUUGCUGAUCAAAAAAUGGUGAUCUACUUCCAAACAUUGUCGGAUUUCGAACAAGCUCAUAGGAUCUGA